UGCUCCCUCGUUCACCUGCCAUUUCGUUUCAUCUCGAUCCCUUCGGUUCGAGUUGACUCCAUGCGCCAUCAGCGCGUGGUAGUGCAGUUGACCUGAUUGAUGGUAGAGUUCGGUGAUCCGGUCGCGUGGACUUGACUUUUGAAGCUGAGUACUACUGCUCAGUUAUUCCGUGUGGUUUAGGUGUUUAUACGCGGAAAUGAAAGAGUUGGCUAUAAUUUGAGAUGGAGUACAUAUGGUCUGACUCUUCUAGAUAAGCCAGAAGAGUUGGCAAAAAUUUGAGAUGGAGUACAUAUGGUCUGACUCUUCUAGAUAAGCCAUGAUCCGUAACUGUUGGAGGUGGAGUCAUUGUUACGUUGUGAGCUCCAACGACUAUGGACAAUGUGACUUGUUUGAUGGCAUUUAGCAUUGGUUCUUCCGCACUAUGUGCUUUCCUUGGACACACUGGAGCAUAUCCUUGCAGCUUGAAUUUAUUUCCAGUUCCAUUCAUCCACUGCAGUUAUUGUGUGAGAAUUCGUGCUUGUGCUACUGAAUUUUCAGCUGAUGUUCCAUGGGAGCAUUGGAUCCUCAUCUGAUAUUAUUGUAUGGUUUUGUUGCUUGGUCGAUGUGGAACCAGCAAUUGGCUGACUGCGCCAGUUCCGCCUUCACUUUUACAUGCCUAUUGUUGCAUAUGCCCAUGCUUAAGUUAUGUAUGGUCGUAUACAAGUGUCUUCAGAGACCGUUAUCCUGGUCGAACAUGCCAUAAGGGAAGAGAAGCUCAUGCAAGCAUAUGACUUAAUUGAAGUAUACUGUGAACUUAUAGUGGCACGUCUGUCCAUUAUCGACUCACAGAAGACUUGCCCGAUUGAUCUGAAGGAGGCAAUAGCCAGUGUUAUAUUUGCAUCAAUGAGGUGUGCAGAUGUCACAGAACUAGCGGACGUUCGGAAGCAUUUCACAAGCAAGUAUGGAAAAGAGUUCGCUGCAGCAGCUCUUGAAGUGCGACCAGACAGUGGUGUAAACCGUCUGGUAAUCGAAAAGCUAUCAGCAGGAGCACCUGAUGUACAGACCAAAAUCAAAACCUUGAGCUCAAUUGCGGAAGAGCACAACAUCAAAUGGGAGCCAAAAGCAUUUGAGGAGAAAUUGCAGAAGCCAAAUGAAGAUCUUCUGCCUGGCCCUGCAACAUAUUGUGGAGGAAACAUUUCAACAAUGGGAUCAUUUACCUCUAGCAUGUCAGCGCCACAGCCUACAUAUUCUGGUGUUAGUGUGGCAACAGUGGACUCAGCCACUUCCCGUGUGCCAACAGAGUCUUAUUCACCUGCAGAGGUCUCAGCAAACAAUGCUUUCUCACAAGAACACCGAAGGGGUUCCAAUGCUUCAGUGGCUCCUAGCUUUCAACAUGGUGCAUCUGCUCACUCUUCAGCACAAAUUCCUGGUUCUGACAAUUUCUCACAUGGAAAUCUUGGUGGUCCAAGUAUUUCUAAACCUUACUCUCAAUAUGAUGCAACAGUCCCAGACACAUUGUCCAGGAAUGAAGAGAUCAAUCUGCAUAGAGAAAGAAAACCUUCAGUAAGCGGUGCCAAUUGGAAUGUGGAAUUCAAGGAUGCAACAUCUGCUGCACAGGCAGCAGCAGAGUCUGCAGAGAUGGCAAGCAUUGCUGCUAGAGCUGCCGCUCAACUUGCUAGUCGUGGAAACUAUUCUGGAGAGCAAAGCACUGGAGCUUAUGAUUCAGCUGCAUACAGUCACGAAAAUACACUGAGGAAGCAACCGGCUGAACAUUUAGUGAAGGAUGGGAAGAGGAGUUUCCAUGACCACAGUUCAGGUAUUAAUGAUCCGAGGGUGAUAUCAAGUAAUGUAAGAAAACAUUCUGGAGGAGCAGAAACAAAUCAUAUUGAUAGUCAGAAUGUACCAACUGCUCACAUCCCAGCUCCAUUCCAUUCUCAUGCUGUUGAAAGCCAUACAAAUGUUUAUGAAAUGCCAACUGAACCACCUUGUGCUCAUUCACCUGAGCCUCCACAUUUUGAUGAUUUAUAUGAGAGAGAAAGCAACAUUGGAAGAUCCGCAUACAGUCACGAAAAUACACUGAUGAAGCAACCGGCUGAGAAUUUAGUGAAGGAUGAGACGAGGAGUUUCCAUGACCAGAGUUCAGGUAUUAAUGAUCCGGGGGUGAUCUCAAGUAAUGUAAGAAAACAUUCUGGAGGAGCAGAAAAAAAUCGUGUUGAUAAUCAGAAUAUGCCAACCACUCACAUCCCAGCUCCAUUCCAUUCUUAUGGUGUUGAAAGCUAUACAGAUGUUUAUGAAAUGCCAACUGAACCACCUAGUGCUCAUUCACCUGAGCCUCCACAUUUUGAUGAUUUAUAUGAGAGAGAAAGCAACAUUGGAGGAUCCGAAGUUCAUCAGUUUGGUUUUCCUGGGGAGAAGUUGCAAGAUACUGCACUUGGUGGUCGCAACGUUAAAGAUGUGGAGCUUAGGAGAAGUAGCUCUGAUCAAGAGAGCACAAAUGACCACUAUGGCAACUUUAGUUCUUCCCACGGUACAUUUACCCAUGGCAGCAGUACUAUUUGGGACAACCAGAAUGACAAAACUCAAGAUAAUUCCUCAGCUGUUGUUUUUGAUCAAUAUGAUUCUGAUGUUGCAGAAGUGAAUUUGUUUGAUACUUUCUCCUCAAAGCAUACUGAUCACCUACCUGGUGUCCAAGAUCACAUGGGAUUCUCAACCGCAGAUUGGAGUAAACAGCAUAGAAGUGAAUCUCCCAUUUAUCGUAGAACUUCAACACUAUUUUCCAGAACAGAAACACAACCAUCUGAUAAUUUGGGAGCAAACAGAAGGGAUAUUCCUUCACCUCAUUCUUAUGAUAACUUGCCUCCUACUUUUGAUUCAGACGGAGGUAGUUCUGAUGAGGAAAUUACCACAAGCAUGCAUGCAGAGUCUUUAAGGUCUCAUUCAAGAAGAUCUGCUUCUUCUGUCUUGACUAAAGAAGCUAAUAGAAUUUCUGGUAAGCUCGUCCCUGAUGUUAACGAAAGCGUUGAAGAUUAUGAAUCUAGCCCUAGGAAGAAAUAUGGGACACCUGAUCUUAAUGUAUUAUACAAGGAGCCCUAUGGCAGUGGUUCACCCAGAUCUGGGUAUUCAGGGGCACAGGGACAGAGGAACUUGAAUCGUGUACAAAGCCAAGAUUCAGAUCUUUCGGAUGAAGAAACAGAUCCAGAUAAACUGAAAGGUGCAUCCUCGGCAGGAGCAAAUGAGAACCAGAAGCUGCCUUUUUCCAUGCAAACUUCAGCAACAUCUGAUGAUAAGGACAAAGGUGGUCUUGGCCUGAACUUUGAAAGGUUAACUCCUGGACUAAGAAACAAACCCAGGCAACUUCCGCCAUACACCAAAAACUCCAGGGAGAACAUGCUGCCAAGGCAGUCCAUGCUUAAGGCUUCUGCCAGCAUUGAAGAAUCAGUCGAUUCCGAAGAGAGUAUUACUUCAUCUGGACAGACUGCAAAUGCCCCGAUAAGCUCACGCUCAACCAGGGCUUCUUUAGGUGGAAAUUACAAUAGUGAACUUUAUGAUAGGAAUCGAAGUGUUGGAACAAGCAGGGAAGCAAGAUCAACCACUGAGAAGUUAUCUGAACAAUCUGGUAAUACAAGUCCUAUCACAACUAAGAGUUCUGAAUGGGCGAAUUCUAGUCAAGAGCUUUAUCAUGAAAAACCAGGUAUGGGAGCUCGCAGGGAAAUGAGAUCAAGUGUGACCAGAAAUUACUUUAAUUCAGAUGACAGUGAGGAAGAACCUGAGCAACAACAGACUCCAAAGUCAAAGUGGUCUGGACAGCAGAUACAAUCACGCAGGACUCGGGAGGUAACAUCAGACGCAAAGAGAGAUGUCCGUGUCGGAACUGGAGUGAAAUAUGCUGAUGAAACCGAAAGCAUGCCAAAGGAGACAAAAGUCACUCAAGCAUUCUCCAACUCAAGUACUGAAAGGAGGAGGGGUGGACCUGUAUACUCCAGGGUUGGAGUACAACAAUCUUCACCAAAAACGGAGCAUGCUGAAUCUCCGAUGGCAAGAGGGAAGUCGCAAGAAGCUGAACUGGAUAAAAGCUCUGUUCCAGAAAAUGAGGGGAACACAGAAACCUCAGCAGGAACUCCGAAAGAAAGCACGCCAAAAACUCCCCCAGCGCAUGUUCACCCCAAGCUUCCAACGGACUAUGAUUCGUUUGCUGCACACUUUAUGUCACUUCGAACGAACCGCCGCUAGAUUUGCAUGUAUACAGAGUGUGGAUUUUCAUGAAUAAGUCAUACUUACAAUAGACAAUGAUACGUUCUAAAGAUUGAGUUGAGAUCUGUACAGUAUAGCAACACAUGAUGUUUUCUGGAUUUCAUUGUGCGAUGCCAUUUUUGAGCUCGCUAUUCUUUUGUUCUCUUUUGGCCUCAGAUAUUCUACAGAUUUUAUAAUGUAAAGACUUUCCCGUUAGUGUUUGUAAUAAGCACAUCAUGCUGCCAGAUGUAUAGAACCUUCGCGUUUCUUUCAUUUAAUUCCAUUGUAACUGGGGCUGAACCAUAUUUGGUGCGUUCAUGCUAUGCAUGAAUUUGAAAGAGAUUGUUCCGUGCUUUUCUG